ACUCACUAGACACACACACACAAACACACCUGUGCAAUCUUCACUCACCCCUGCACUCAGCCAGCGAGCGUAACGUUUACACUCAGCACCCACAGAGGAUUUCUUCUUCUCCCUGAACUCUGAGCCCUCAGAUAAGGACAAUGGCAUCCGUACACACCACCAUCCUGAUCCUCCUCUCCGUGUGGAUGACUCUGCAGACAGGUCUUGGGUUUCCGCUCUCAGGCGGGCCAGAUGCCGGUGGAGCUGAGGGUGUCCCCCGGGUCCGCAACAAACGCUGCUCCUGCACCAACCAGCUGGACUCCGAGUGCCACUACUUCUGCCAUCUGGACAUCAUCUGGGUGAACACGCCAAGUAAAACUACAGUUUAUGGGUUGGGCAGUGCUCUGAGUCGGCGGCGGCGGAGGUCUGUGGGACGCUGUUCUUGUGCCAACCCUGCCGAUCACACUUGCAGCCGGUUCUGCUUUUACAGCUCAGAGAAUCCUGCCAUUGUAUUGGUUAAACCAUGGCAAUCAGAACAGGAGGCCGAAACAAGUGUGCUGACUGUCCAGAGAUCUCCUCAGGCUUCUGGGCCAGAGCAACUGGCCCCACAAGAGCCCUUGAAUGGAGCGCGCUCAGAAGCGUUGACCCUUAUCAGGGAGCUCAUCCGUGACAGUAGCCUGGUGAUGGAGGAGGCAUCCCAUCCCAGAAAGAGAGCCCCCUGGGCCCUAAAGCCUGCCUACACAUAAACAGCAGCUGGAGGGACACAGAGAGAUGAACGCGAGCUCAAGAACAAACAAAACAAAACACUCUCCGGUGGGCGCCACAACAGGGGCCGCUGAGCUGCAGAACAAAAGGAGGUGUCCCGAGACGGCCGUGGAGAUGGUUUUGGAGUCACCACAGUACCGUGUGCUGUUCUAGCUCAUGCAGACGAGAUGGCAGCAGACGUAAGGAUACGGGACACACCCAAGGACAGGCGCCGAGGCAGAAGUGCACUGCAGAGUACGCAAACACAGUGCACGACACGGCGUAGUCAGAAGUCUGUGGAAGAGACUUGCAGUUUAGGGAGCAGUAAUGUGUGUGUGUAUGUGUGUGUGUCUGUGUGUGCGUGUGUGUGUGUGUAUGUGUGUGUGUAUAUGCACAUUGCUUGAUACUCUUAUGAUAUAAAGCCAAAUAGGGUUUUAAGUCAGCCCCACUAGAGCCAUGGUGAACCAUCUCAGUGAUGCACUCUGGUUUAGAGAAAGUGGGAUGGGACACUGGUAUGUUGUCCAAAGGGAGUGUUUUUGUUGCACUCAAUAACACUAUCUCAAUCGUUUUUACAGGCUCCUCUUCUCUGGAAGCUCUAGAAAUGAGUGCAAAGGUUAUGAUAUUAUGACUUAAUUGCUAGAGAUAAAUUUGCACUGGUGUAGGUUGUUUUUUUCUCCAAAAUGCACUGAGGGCAGAUGAUGAAGGCAAACAUUUGUGUGUGUGUGUGUGUGUGUGUGUGUGUGUGUGUGCAUGGGUGGGUAGGUGGGAGUAUGUGUGUGUGUAUUUAUGUGAGAAUGUAUGCUCAGGAUUACAUGUGUGCACGUGUGUUUGUGUGUUUGUGUGUUUGUGUGUGUGUGUGUGUGUGUGUGUGUGUGUGUUUUCUCUGUACAAACAACCUUCACACUCUCUGUCCAAACAACCUUCACCUGAUCAUACCUUUAUCAUACAUCUGCAUGGUGUGUUUUAGCUCCAUGUUUAGCCUUAAAACUAAAUGAAAACAUGGCUCAAAGUGUGAACACCCACAGCUUGCCGCUUGCGUCAUGUAUUCCUCAGCUGCCAUAGCUCUGAUGUGUUUGUUAUGGCAACACGUCACAAAGAAAAGGUACUUGCCAAAAACUGGUGGAAUGCAUCAUGCGUUGGUUGAAUAGAGAUGGGAACUUGUUUAUUGUUCCAGUUAGUCAUGUCUAAUGGUCCUUAGGUGAACUGGAGGAACAGGGAGGAGGCAGGAUAGGGGUAGACCCUCUAGAGAGGUCAUGUAGACUGUAGUAUUUAAUUAAUUAUCAAUUAUACCAGAACCUCCUCAAAAUACUGUAGUUUGGUUUCUAUUUAGGGGACCAUAGUGGCACUUUGUAUAAUCCUAGUCUUCAGUAAUAAUCAUUACUGCAGAUAUUAUUUACAUGUAGAAUUUAUUUAUGUAGUAAUAAUACAUUAUUUAUUUUGUUUAUACUCAUGUUAUAUCACUUUUUAUUCAACAUUAUAUUCCAUCUUGUUUGAACGACACACUCAUUAGAUAAAUCAUUGUUUAACCAGAGUAUGUUUCACAGUUACACAAAUUAUACGGAUUUAUUUAACAUGGAUGUAAUGGAUGUGUUCAAUUAAAAUAA